AAGGCGGGGCUUGAGAGAAACGCGUGGACCAAGAACGUGCACAGGGUGAUUCUCUGUAUCCGGAACUCACAGUGUAUCGGUUUUCUUUUCCCUGUUUUUCGUUUAACGGAAUUAUAAAAGAAGCCUGACGUCAUGCCGAUGUUCGUGGUCAAUACAAAUGUUUCGAAAGAUGCAGUUCCUGCAGGAUUGAUGUCUGAAUUGACCCAGGAGCUUGCUAAAGCCACGGGGAAACCAGCCAAUUACAUCGCUGUGCACAUCAUCCCAGAUCAGAUGAUGAUGUUCGGGGGCAAAGCAGACCCAUGUGCCCUCUGCUCCCUCCACAGCAUCGGAAAGAUCGGAGGAUCGCAGAACAAACAGUACUCCAAACUGCUCAUGGGAAUGCUGAAUAAACACCUGGGCAUCUCACCAGACAGGAUCUACAUCAACUUUUUCGACAUGGAAGCAUCAAAUGUUGCCUGGAACAACUCCACCUUUGGUUAAAUGAGCUGGAUCUUCUCAUCCAUUACCAUUUCAUCCAUUCCUUCAGCAGUUAACAAACAGCAGAGUACUAGAGAUAUAAUGCCCUACACAGCACUUAAUGUAGAUUUGCUUUUGAUGAAUUGUAGUUUAUAACAGUUCUAUGUAAAUUUGUUUGCUGUUAAGAUCUUAAUGUUAAUUCACAAGCAUUGCAAAAAUACAAAAUAAAUAUGAAAUAUAAUUCUCUGAUUGGGUCUAAUAUCUAAAGAAAAGUAUGAAUUUGAUUUAUCCUGCUGCCUUACAUGUGUUUUUGUGAUUAGAUAAGGCUUGAUGUACAAAAUAAAAUUAUAACCAUGAAUAAAAGAUUUAUGAAUGA